AUGGGUACGAGGACAUUAAAGUGUGUCGUCGUUGGCGAUGGUGCCGUGGGGAAGACAUGCCUGUUAAUAUCGUAUACGACUAACAGAUUUCCAUCGGAGUAUGUGCCAACGGUAAAAUAAGGUUCCUAAAAUGACGGAUAUUAGGUAUUUGACAAUUAUGCCGUUACUGUAAUGGUUGGCGGUGAUCCCAUGGUUCUGGCUCUUUUUGACACGGCUGGGCAGGAGGACUAUGAUAGACUACGGCCGCUCAGCUACCCACAAACGGAUAUAUUUUUAAUUUGCUUUUCCGUGGUCAACCCUGCCUCUUUUGAAAACGCCCGGGAAAAGGUACUUCGUAAUUGUUACAACUGCCGCUGUGAGAUUUGCUAUUGGUUGUUGUCAGCCUUUUUCGAUUCUUUAAAAAUUUUGAGGGCCCCGAAAGUCAACUCCCCGCUUAUAGAUGUUAUUGCUUUCAUGUAUUGACGCAGUCACGCUUUUUUUCCAGCUCUGUGUUCUCGGGCGUUCAUUUUGCCUGUAGGCUGUUUUUCCUCUCUUACUUUCCAGGAAUGCAUCGGCUAUGAUGCGUUUCUGCAUGGAUUAUUUGUGCAAGCGUUCAUAAACUAAUCGACUUAUAAAUUGGCUACUUUGUGCAGUUGAGUUUAGUCAUUCAUUUCAGACCAAAGCGGGGCAAAUAUAUAGCGUAGGGGUAUUACACCGUCACGACUUCUCAGUGUCUUUCAACAGAUGUGUUUCUGACGCUCUUUUUAGUGGUAUGGAGAACUUCAGCAUCAUUGCCCGAACGUCCCGUUCCUCUUGGUUGGCACUCAAAGUGAUUUACGCGACGACCCGGACACUAUCGAGAAGCUGGCGAAAAACAAGCAAAAACCACUUACACCCCAACAAGGGGAAAAACUCGCUCGGGAAAUCGGGGCCUGUAAAUAUCUGGAGUGCUCAGCAUUAACUCAGGUAAUUGUCUACUUGCUAAACCGGGCGAUCCUGCCACCUAGUGAGUAAUGUUUGUUAUGAUAAGGAUGGUCUACCGUCAGAAUACCAGCAUGAACCUCUUUUCGAGCUUUUUAUGACCGAUUAGGCUCUUAACCACCCACUUUGUAGAUCAUUUAGUUUUUUUCCCAUGAGAUAUCUUGCUUUUUCCAAAUUAAAAUUGUAAAUUAACAACUGAUGGUGUGUCAGCUGUCGGUAUUAGCUCGUUCGUAUGUUAGCCAUUUCCAGAUACUAUUGGUCGGUUCUCCAAUUAACGGAACCUUGUUUAGCUACUGUUGUCAUCGUCCAUCAGGCGUUCAUCUUUCUAGAGCAUUUUACUGGACCAUUUCCUCCUUUUAACAAUGGACUACUUCCGCAUGAUUGCAAAAGGCAUGGGAGGAUCAAGAGGGGGUGCUAAAGUUGGCAUACUGGCUCAGUUCAAUCAACAUAUUUGUCUGUAACCCUGCCUUGUAGUACGCUACCAUCUGAAGUGUAGUAGAAAUACAAAUGUACCUAGCGGUAAUCAUCUCUACUUACAAAUGCAAAGGCACGGUCAAAAUGCUGCUUGACUAGGUCUGGACGUUUGUGCAAAUAAGGCUAAAUCAUUGUAAGCACAGAAUGCAUACCGAACGAUUACUCGCACAACUAAUUAAGAGGCCGUCAAGGGUUUAAAACUUAAGACGGUAAUCCCUGUUUACGGCACCAUACUCACCUAACGUAAUAUGCGGCUGCGGUUCGUUGACUGCCCAUUGCCGACCUGCUAUCGCCUGUCGAGCUGUAUAUAUCACAUCAUCAGUCAAGAAGUUGGUCGGACGUGUGCCUGGUAAAUGCUGGUGACAAAGAGACGUACUCCCCCACUCACACUCCUUGAUUCCUUCUCUUCUAGUAGAAUCGUACAAGGUAGCUUCUGUAGGCUGUAACCAUGCAGUACGACCGACCUCAGUUGAUUCGAAUGUGCAAAACCAUGCAGAGGCGAACUCCAGGAAACAGACGCGAUCGAACUAUUGGUAACCUUCGCGGUAUACGUGGUUUCGACAAACGAAAUAAAAAUUUACUGGCAAAAACUGCAAAAUCUUGUACUACGGUAGCUCUUAAGCAGCGACUCACACUUCUUGCUGAACGACGUCGCGCCACUCUGCAGAUGCGUUUUUUUCCGAAACCAAAGUUAGAAGAACGCGGAAGCGGUCAGUGUCUGCAGCUUCGUUGUCUCUCGUUGGGCCUGACUGAUUCGACAGAUGAUCAAUUUCCAACUUAGUUCAGCCUUCUGGAAGCACGCUUACCUUCGGCGUAUUCAGAAUGUCACAGAGUUUAGUUCUGGGAUUUGCUGCCGUUGUCGUGCAAAAUGCUAGUUGAGUGACUUAGAUCGUCGACAGUAGGACUUUCUUGCCUGGUGUUUCGCGUUCACCCUCAAACCCACCAUGAACAACAGUAACAGAUAAGUGUGGCACACGCUCAUGCUGUGAAUACCUACAGAGUGUAUUUGUUCUGCAAAUACGUCUCAAAAUUAGCAGCCUCUGUAUUAUCUGCGCAUGUUCGUAGUCGUGCGAUGAUCACUUAAUCACGCCCGUCAGUAUUAUUAACUGCGACUUCAUCGCCGGCGUCAAUAACAGCCAUUUGACAUUAUGACUCACCAUUGCUUUCGCUGUCCGCAGUGUUCAUCCGCGCUCUCACCACAUGGCUAUUUUGCCCUGACAACGUUUUGGCACUUAACCGGAGGAAGCUUAUUGCGUUUCUUCAUGGACUGCAGUUUUGAGUACCACAACUCAAGCAGCCCAUGGCUUACGCAACUAUCUUGUGCGAAUUUCGACCGCUUAACACACAGAUAUGAUCGGGUCAUGUCGAAUGAGCCGUAACUCAGGAGUUGGCGUCAUUCCCCACCACCGGUGCGUGUUCGGACAGCUGAAACGUCCGUCGAGUACUUCCUGUUUCCACUAUUAGGUCUCCUGAACUGCUUCAUGGAACUCGUCUUUCCACAUUUAGAGCUCGUGGUUUCACGACGAAAGUCCCUGAAGUUUAAGCAGCCCUGGCACCAUUAGCGAGUGUGAUCGUUUUACAAGAGGUCCAUCUUUUAUAUGAUGUCCGUUGUGACUUAUCAUUUGCAGACUACUCUGGAAUGUUUCACUUAAGGCCAGUUUGUUUCUGCUGAAGACGUCUUAGAAGCGGCUGUACAGUGAGUUCUGGGAUGCGUUUGAGGCAGCCCGAAGAAAACCCCUUGACGGCGAUAGGCUCCCACAUCUCAGGUUGUGACUUUAACCGAACGCCGUCUAGCUAUAGACUAGCUCUAACAAGAUCAUGAGCAAAACCGUUUUCGCCGCUAGCACCGGCACCACGUAUUGAACGGAAGUAUACUACUGGGCCGUCUGUGCUUCUCGGAUAGGUAUGCACUUCUACUUGAUACCGUUGUGAUCAUGGCUGAUCUAGCCGGCCGCGGUAUUUUUGUGAAUUUUACCUCUACGCCUGACGGUCUGUGGAGACAGAUCCUCAAAGUUUGGCCCAGCAAUGGAAGCUAAAUAUCUUGGGUCACGGGACCAACAGACUGCACUGAGCCAAGUUUUGGUUUAUUCAAUUCGACGAUUUCAGGUGGACGGCGGCGUCGAGUCAGGGACAGUAACAGUGAAAUAAUGGGACUGACGGCGAAGAGCGCGUUCCAAACGCCAUAGUUGCCAUUUUUAGAUGUUCAUAAGGACUGGCCGAAAGGAUGCUCGAUGCAUGCAGAUCUUCGCAGGGAUUGAGGUGUCGCCGCAGAUCCCGAGGCUCGCAAUUCUUUUUAGAAGCCCUGUACAGCUGUCAUCAUUAGUAAUGGCGUCAGUCGUUAAGCCAACGCGACAAGGACUGUGACACUGACAACAGGACUAUGGAAACGCACAUACGCAAUCCUCGAACCGCAGGCACCUACCACACACAGAUUCUUCCGACCAUCUUGGACAAUUGCCAAACCGUUUUGGCCAGCGCAGUUGUUGAUGCUGUUGGGAUAUAGGUCAAAGCCGUCACCACCGGGCGCCUGGCUGCCUUGCGAGCCAUGAUGUAGUAAUCGUCCACGGACCGUCAGGUGUUUGCAUUUAGGCUCUCAGUUGCCGUUGUGAAGGUAGUUAUCACCGGUGGUUUAAGAUGGCGUCACGAUAUUCGCGGGGGAAUUUUACAAGUUUCCAGAGCCUCAACUAGGCUGUUCAGUGAAAGCCAACGCUCAAGGCAGAGGCAGCAAGACCUCAGUUGAUGUAUUGUGAUCGCCACGGCUCAGUACCGUUACGGUACCAUGCUAUCUUUAAGGGUAGUAGAUCAGCCAGCCUCAACUGUCAUUCUGCUAACGCUUUCGCCGCUUGUUCGCCAGACAAGUCUGCUUAUUUCUUGGCCAGCUUCAACUAAAGGCUUCCUUACACUCGACCUGUGUAUACGCCGAGUAAUCAGCAGCUAAUCUGGUAGGCAGACCCCGUCCUCGGUGACCUAUACAAAGGACUAGGUUCGAUUGCCCUUUGUGUCCACAUCGGACGCCAGUUAGCGGUCACAAGAAGUCUGCUUUUCCUCCGCAAGACAGGUCAGAACGUCUGGUGCUGUUGUGGUCAUUUAGCAUGGCAGACGAGUUCUGGUGCAAGUCUGCCGCCGGUAUACCUGCGAAAACUUUCGAACUUAGUGUAUAGUGAAAUUGCCAUCGUCUUUCGGGACUUAUAACUACAUCCCAUAAACCGAUAACAUAAUCUAACCACUCCCAGACCUGUGUCCUUAACCAUUAUGCAUUGUCAGAUGAGACAACACAAACCAGGAUCAUGGCCUAAAAGCGAUUUUUUGAUCGGAAUCUCUAUGGGAAAUGUCUUUUAACGCAUCCUUCCUUUAUUUAUAGAAAGGCCUGAAGGACGUUUUUGACGAGGCAAUACUGUCGGGUCUCCAACCCAACAACAAAAAACCAAAACCUCGUUGUGAUGUCCUCUGA